AAGGAUGGGAUCAUCAGUAUACCUAUGUCCCGCAUGGGUCGUCAGACGGGAUAUGCCCGCCUGUAUGACGGUGGCGGAAUCUGAAGAAGUCUGCGGUCCCUCGCGAAUCUUUCAAGCUUUGAUCCGGAGACGCUGUCCCGUGGCAAUUCGCAAUCCCCUCACCCGUGUCUUCUCCCCCGUCUUGUUUUGUCCAUCUUUGGGCCGUUCAUUCAUCCAAAAAUCCAAAAGAAUUGGUGGACAUUUGUCUGCCUCAUCCACUUGCAAAUCUCGCUCACAUCUCUUCUUGAGUCUUUGAUAGAUUCUCUGGCUGCUUCAUCCCCAAAACGCCUUGAAAACUUCAACUCAAGAUGGGCCGAAACCACAAGGAGUACGCGCCUGUGUACUCUGAUGAGAGCGCAGCUUCGAGUCUCGAAGCCGUUGAGGCCACAGUUGCAACAGCAAAGAUUCGGCACACAGCAAAGCUUCGCAGAUUCGGGGCGUGGACGCUUCAUGUUGUUCUGAUUACCAUUUACACCGCAAUCUUUGCCAUAUCACUUUUACCCAACAGGUCAUUUUCGGGGGUUUUUAGUUUGAUUGAUGCGCCGCCGAAAGCUGUUGGCGAGGAAACACAUCUCGAAGUCUUCCCUAUUCAGGGCCCGCCACAUGGCAAGUACACUGGUGAACCAAGACCAGAGGUAGACAAAGCAUGGAGGGACUUGCUGCAAUACAACAAUAUUCGUGUUUCCGAGGAAUGGGUUCACCGCUGGGGACGUGAGCAUGAGGCAGUUAAGCUACCCGAUGGUGGGUAUCUCGGCAUGCUCAGUGUCUUCCAUGAGUUGCACUGCAUCAAGCGCCUCUAUCAAACACUGUCGCCAGAUUACUAUUUCCCCAACGCAACUGAGCAAGAAAUCGCCACGAAUCGAGAGCAUAAUCAACAUUGUCUUGAGGUCCUUCGCAUGGGUGCAGCUUGCCGCGGUGACAUUUCCAUCAUCACCCACAUGUGGACCGACAUUGACGCGAAACCCAUUGUGAACCAAACGGCGCCUCACCAGUGCAUUGACUUUAACAAAGUCAUGGACUAUUCUCGGGACAAUACAGUAGACGUAUAUCAGGACAACUACAUCGUCCACCCGAAGUUCGGACCGUCGUUUCCCAAGGGCAAUAGCAUCAAGCCCUUCAAGGAGCAGGGAAUGGGUCACCAUCACUAAAGCUAGGAAGCUUCAUAAAGUUCACCAGGCUCGGCCGACAUUGAAUAGGCCAAGCAUAUGCAAGACGCUAGAUUGCAGGCCAUGGCAUUGGGGAUUUAAAUACUUACGUUUAGCAAUAAAGAUUGAGAGGGACUUGAGGUUUGGCGUUGCUUUCCGAAGUACUUGGCAGGCUAGGCUGCGUAAACUUCAUGUGCGUACCUCAACACUGAAGAAAGAGUUAAAGUAGCAUGCGUAUGUCCACUAAAAUAACACUUUCCAAAAUAAAGGUCUUGCU